GUGGUUUGCCAGGGGAGGAACUUGCGCUGCACCGAGAUCCAGCGCAGAGUAUGCAUCACAAUCAGCCUUCGAACAUGGACGACCUGCCGAUGGCUCGACAGAAACGCAAGAGGACAAGUCCCGAAAGGCAGAGACUCUCAGAAGCUACGUACAACCGUGAUCGACUCCCCGACAAAGCAGCUCGACUUAAGAUGGUUAAGGCAAUUGCUCUCGGCGAUAAGGAAGUCCAGAUCUGGUUCCAGAACAGACGGCAAAGCCCCCGCAGGAAAUCGAGACCACUUCUCCCACAGGAGAUUUCGCAGUCCCUGAUGACCCGGGAUUCGAACGAAACGCAGCAACAGCGAGUCUGGGCGCCAAAGGACUGGCCCAGUAUAGGAGCAGCAUCGACGUCGAAAGGUCGCAUGACAUCUGCCUGGAGUCCUUCAGGCUCUCAAGUGGUGUACUGCCAUGAAUGAUGUUCUCCAGUGGCAGGCGGCCAGAGCUGGCGAUCUCACAAGCCCUAUCGCUGAACAAUGAGAGGCAGUGCUGCCGAGUCCCAAUGCAAAUCUUCAGACCUGCUAUCCCUCGCACAUCCUUGCCCAGUCGGUAUGCCGAUCAAGCCGCAUAUCUGAUUGUCGCCGAGGAGACCUUCUUCUUCAUCCAAACCCAUGGAGAUCCCCGUCAAGAACAGAUCACUCACAUCUGGUAAAAUGCCGACAUUGCGGACUUCGCGG